CCCGACAGAGGUAAACAUGGAAGCUCAGUGAUAAUCGAUCAUCCAGUUCAACGAGAAGUAUUUUCUCUGCAAUUGUUUGAAUUUUUGAACACAAAGUAUUAAAUAGCCAAAGAAGUGCAAUGCUUAGUUGUUUUCUGUACGUUGUUAUCCUGUUCGUCGGAGAAAGUAUCGGUCAAUACAAUAAUGGCCAGGCAUAUGACCCACAAAGCAACUACAGAAGUGUGAUGAAUAAUUAUAAUGGAUUUACAGGAUGGAACAGCCCACAGAUCAACACAGCACGGAGCUACUUGCCUAAUGAACAGCGGCAACAAGCAGCCACCGAAAACUAUUACAAUCCAUAUUCCCUUCGACAGUGGUCCUACGGCAACCCGUACUCAACAGGCGGAACACAGUCCAAUCGCAUUUCUUAUUUGCCCAUAUCGCAAAGAUACUACAGUAAAGACAGGAGCGAUGGCUAUGGCUAUAAUUAUGCACGUCCCAGCUACAACUUGCCGUAUUACAAUGCACAGGAUUACUUGGCAAAUUUCUUCUAUGGUGGAGCCGGAUACGACCCGAGAUGGAUGAGUGAUAUUAGGAGUUUCGGUGAUAGAAGGCGAGACAUGCAGUGGAACGGCCCUCCUCGUAGAAAUGGACUAUCCCGAACCACGCCGCAGCCACCUAAAACGACAACAACUACAACUGUAGCACCUCGGCGGAAAAAUGUGCCCAGGAAGAGCAAACUAUUUGUACCGAACGUAUGGGGAUGACCGUCAAGGAAUUUGAGAAGAUCAAUAAAAUAAAAUGGAUCAUCCUGGAGAAGCAA